AUGAAUCGAGAGAGAAAAAGAAAGGAACCAACUUUGUUGGAAGAGCUCCAAGAGUUGGAGUUACUGGAUGAAGGAGAGAUGGUCGGCAUCCCAGACUUAGAGAUCGAAGACCUUAUUGAGGAGAACACACUGAGUGUGAUUGUUCGCUGUCUCAACCCUCAUGCCCAUAAAGUCGGAGGCUUGGUGAAAUCUUUACCCCCAAUAUGGGGCAUGGAGGAUAGAGUGAGAGGCAGAGGGGUCGGCGAGCACAGAGUACAAUUCAUCUUUAACUCAGAGAGCGACCUGCAACAUGUGCUCAUCAAAGGACUGUGGUUUGUCAAUGGUUGGAUGGUGUCACUGGACCAGUGGAGUCCAAACCCGGGACCGGAUUUCCUCCAAAGAAUCACCUUCUGGAUAAGAAUAAGAGGCCUUCCAAUUCAUAUGGUGAAGAAGGAGAUAGUGGAGAGUUUGUUAGGGCCAAUGGGAAAGGUUGAUUUGGUGGAGCUGCACGCAAAGAACUCAAACUCACUGGAGUAUGUACGAGCUCAAGUAAGCAUCAAUACGGAGGAGCCCCUCCAAUUCCGAAGAACAGCACGAUUCAGGUCAGGGGCUACUAUACCGACCGAACUGGAGUACGAGAAACUACUGAAAGUCUGUUACACCUACAAGAGGCUAACCCAUGAUCAGUCAAGAUGCCCACUACAGAGCAAUACCUCCCAGGAGUUAGUCAAAGGAGGACAGGCAAAGAGCAAAGAGCAAAACUUAAGACACAAGCUCCUGGAAAAGGAGUUGAAAGCUAAAGAAGUUCUGCAGAAGAGCUCUGGGAAAGGCGUUGUGAUACGCAGUUCUCAAACUGGGGAAAUUCAGAGAGGGGGCAGAAACAAAAGCUCUGAAAAUAGAGAAGAUAAGAGGAAAGGAAAGCGAGUGGCUUCUUCCCCUCAAAUGGUGUGGAAACAGAAAGAUGGCAGAGGAGCUACAAAAACAUCUCGCAGCACUGGAGAAUCUACAGCCAACCAAAUCUCUUCUAGAGAGAAAAACGAGCAGAGGAGCAUUAUGGAGAAGUCAAAAGGUUCUAGAGACCUUGCGGAGUUAAAAGAAGCUGGCUCAGCAUUUAAGAGACUUGGAAGCUCAGAGAAAUCUGGUUCAGGAGGUAGUAGAGGUUGA